GUAUCUACUUCUGCACAAGCACAAGCACAAGCGAAAAAUUUGGGUCGAUUAAGCAACAUUGAUUCGUAUGGUUAUGAUGUUCAUGAAGUUCAUACUUCAGAGGGUGGUGCACGCAUUGUGCAAACGCAUGGUAGUGGCACCAUCGAAGGUGACGGUCGGAGGAUCCAGCAACAGGAUGAAUCAUUAAAUCAAGAGCGAAUAUUCAACGAUAACAAAAGUAUCGAACAACGACGAACGCUCAUCGAAGAGCAAUGCUUUGAUGAUUCAAGAACACGUGCCGCUGCCGUUUCCACUGCACACAGAGCUGGUACCAAAGAAGUGGGAUUUGUUGGAUCUACGAGGUAG